AAAAAAGAAUAACAAAAAUAUAGGGCGGAGAAAAGUAAAGCGAAAAGAAGCAAAGCGCUUGUCCGAGUCCCGAAACACAGAAGACGCGGGGGGGUGAUGAAGCAGAGGCCGAUCCAACCCCCGCGUCGUCGUCUUCUUCGUCGUCUUCUUCCUCCUCCUCCUCAGAUCUCUAAUGGCGUCUCCUCCCCUCCUACAAUGGCUCUCCCCCUCUCUCUCCCUCCCCACCUCCUCCUAUAAUCUCUCCCCGUAACCACAUUUCACAGCCCCAACCCCCAGAUCCCACCCCCUCUCCCCCCUAAAUUCCCCCACAAAGAAGCUUCUUUGAUCGAAACUCUAAACCCCUUCCUCGAAAUCGCCUUCCAUAACCCUCUGGAACUCACCGCCAUGGGUCGCCCCAGGCUCCAGAACCCCAGCAUAAAUCCUAUCGAGGAGGAACCCUCCGACUCCCCCGACACCCCGGCGGCGGAGGCGGCGGCGGCGCCUCCCCCGGAGCUCUCCGCCCUCGCCUGCCUCCGCCCCUUCCUCGACGUCGUGUGCUCCGACGAGGCCCUCGCCCCCAUCAAGAGCGUCGCCCUCUCCGCCGUCCACAAGAUCCUCACCCUCGACGCCGCCGCCGCCGCCUUCGCCGGCUCCCCGGCCGCCAUUCACGGCGUCGUCGAGGCCGUCGCCAGCUGCCGCCUCGACGAGGCCGUGCUCAUGCGCAAGCUGCACGUCCUGCUCGCCUGCAUGCGCGCCCGCCCCGCCCUCAGCGACCGGCACGUCUGCACCAUCGUCAACACGUGCUACGGCAUCGCCGACCAGGUGCGCGCCAGGGAGGGCCUCCUCAAGGAGCUCUCCCGCCACACCUUACUCGACCUCGUCCGCUGCAUCUUCGGCCGCCUGCCCGAUGCCGCCCGUAACAUCCCCGGACCGCCCCCCGCCGUGAAACCGCAGAUGGGUGGCAUCAACAAGGAUCAGUAUUUUGCAAAUAAACAAGCAGAGAAUGGAAAUGGAACGGAUGAUAAUGCUGGCAAUGUAGAAGCUUCGAAUGGUGGUGGGACCACGGUGCAGCAGUCUUACGGGAUCCCUUGCGCGGUGGAGGUAUUCCAGUUCCUCUGUUCUCGCUUAAACGUUAGCUCCGAGAUAGCACCUCUUGAUGAGGAGACAUUAGUAUUCGGUCUUACUAUGAUCAAUUCAGCUAUUGAACUUGGUGGCCCUUCGUUUAGAAAGCACCCGAAGCUGUUGGCCUUGAUACAGGACGAGCUGUUUAAAAACCUGAUGUCCUUUGCCCUUUUGCCGAGCCCGCCGAUUCUCUCCAUGGUGUGCAGCAUUGUUCUGAAUCUUUACCACCACCUCCGAACCGAACUGAAAUUACAGCUAGAAGCCUUCUUCUCGUGCGUGAUUUUAAAGCUGUCGCAACCUCGAUUUGGGGCCACUUAUAAUCAGCAAGAGGCCGCCAUGGAGGCUCUCGUCGACUUCUGCAGGCAGAAGACAUUCAUGGCCGAGAUGUAUGCAAACUUGGAUUGCGACAUUACAUGCAGCAACGUGUUUGAAGAGCUCGCCAACCUUCUUUCUAAGAGCGCAUUUCCCGUAAACUGCCCUUUGUCUCCGAUGCACAUACUUGCUUUGGAUGGUUUGAUUGCAGUAAUUCAAGGAAUGGCUGAUAGAAUAGGCAACGCCCCCUCAAAGUUGGAGCAAUCAUCGGUGGAGCUCGAGGAAUAUACUCCCUUUUGGACUGUUAAGUGCGAGAAUUACUCCGAUCCAGAUUAUUGGGUUAAGUUUGUUCGCCAGAGGAAGUACAUAAAGAGGAGGCUGAUGAUUGGUGCCGACCACUUUAAUAGGGAUCCAAAGAAAGGUUUGGAGUUUCUGCAAGGGACCCAUCUCCUGCCCGAGAAGCUCGACCCUCAGAGUGUGGCAUGCUUUUUCCGGUACACUGCCGGUUUGGACAAAAACCUUGUUGGCGAUUUCUUGGGGAACCAUGACGAAUUUUGUGUUCAGGUCCUUCAUGAAUUUGCCCGGACCUUUGAUUUUGAGGGCAUGAAUCUCGAUACCGCUCUAAGGCUAUUUUUGGAAACAUUCCGUUUGCCAGGGGAGUCACAGAAGAUACAGAGGGUUCUUGAAGCUUUCUCGGAAAGAUACUACGAGCAGUCCCCACAUAUUCUUGCAAACAAGGAUGCGGCUUUACUGUUGUCUUACUCGCUGAUAAUGCUGAACACCGAUCAGCACAAUGUGCAGGUGAAGAAGAAGAUGACGGAAGAGGACUUCAUCAGAAACAACCGCCUCAUUAAUGGAGGCAGCGACCUCCCUAGGGAGUUUUUGUCGGAGCUUUACCACUCAAUCUGCAAAAACGAAAUUAGGACAAUCCCUGAACAAGGGUUUGGCUUUUUCGAGAUGUCUUACAGUCGAUGGGUAGAUCUAAUGCGGAAAUCCAAGUCAACAUCGCCAUACAUUGUCUGUGAUUCACGGCCGUUCCUUGAUCACGAUAUGUUCGCUAUAAUGUCGGGCCCCACAAUUGCGGCCAUUGCAGUGGUGUUUGAUUAUGCCGAACAUGAGGAAGUGCUGCUAACUUGCGUUGACGGCUUCUUGGCUGUGGCAAAGAUCUCGGCUUUCCAUCAUUUAGAAGAUGUUUUGGAUGAUUUGGUUGUUUCUCUAUGCAAAUUCACAACACUAUCAAACUCAUCUUUGGUUGAGGAACCUGUUACUGCUUUUGGGGAUGAUAUGAAGGCUAGGCUAGCGACCGAAACGGUAUUUAACAUAGCUAACCGUUACGGUGAUUACAUACGAACAGGGUGGAGGAAUAUAUUGGAAUGCAUCUUGAGGCUGCACAAGCUAGGGCUUCUUCCUGCCCGCGUGGCAAGUGAUGCGGCUGAUGAUUUGGAACUUGCUUCAGAGGCUGUCCAAGGAAAGUCGGCUCCUGCCUCUCUUUCCACUUCUCACCUACCAAUAAUAGGAACCCCUCGUAGGUCCUCCGGACUCAUGGGGAGGUUCAGCCAGCUAUUAUCACUCGACACAGAAGAACCCAGAUCACAACCCACCGAACAACAGCUUGCAGCACACCAAAGAACUCUUCAGACAAUCCAAAAGUGUCGCAUAGAUAGCAUAUUCACGGAGAGCAAGUUUUUGCAGGCAGAUUCUUUAUUGCAGCUUGCUAGGGCGCUAAUUUGGGCGGCCGGUCGGCCCCAAAAAGUGACAAGCUCACCUGACGAUGAAGACACUGCAGUUUUUUGCUUGGAGUUGCUUAUUGCUAUCACUCUGAAUAACAGAGAUAGAAUCGCGCUUCUCUGGCAGGGUGUUUACGAGCACAUUGCCAAUAUAGUUCAGUCCACUGUGAUGCCUUGCGCUCUUGUGGAAAAAGCAGUUUUUGGGCUUCUCCGCAUUUGCCAGAGGCUGCUGCCCUACAAGGAGAAUCUUGCUGAUGAACUACUAAGAUCACUUCAAUUGGUCUUGAAGCUCGAUGCGCGUGUAGCCGAUGCUUACUGUGAGAAUAUUACACAAGAGGUCUCGCGAUUGGUGAAGGCAAACGCCACUCUUAUAAAAUCUCAUAUGGGCUGGAGGACGAUUAUGUCCUUACUUUCUAUCACAGCUCGCCAUCCCGAAGCCUCUGAAGUAGGAUUUGAAGCUCUGGUGUUUAUUAUGUCUGAGGGGGCUCAUCUUUCACCAGCAAACUAUGUUCUUUGUAUAGAAGCAUCGCGGCAAUUUGCAGAGUCACGGGUUGGUUUAACUGAUCGAUCGAUUCGUGCGCUGGACUUAAUGGCAGACUCGGUGAACAGUCUCGCUCGUUGGUCUAGAGAGAACAAGGAAGCAGGCGAGGAAGCCGAGAAAGUGUUAGAAGGAAUUAGGGAGAUGUGGCUUAGGUUGAUUCAAGCAGUGAGAAAGCUGUGCUUGGAUCAGAGAGAGGACGUGAGAAACCAAGCCUUGUCUUCACUACAAAGAUGCCUAACAAAUACAGAAGGGAUAUGCCUCUUGCCAACUUCUUGGUUGCAGGCUUUUGACCUCGUCAUAUUCGGAAUGCUCGAUGAUUUACUAGAGAUUGCACAGAACCACUCGCAGAAGGACUAUCGGAACAUGGAGGGGUCCCUCUUGGUUGCGAUGAGGCUUCUUGCAAAAGUCCACCUGCAGCUUCUUCCACAGCUCUUUGGGUUAAGCAGCUUUUGCAAACUGUGGCUUGGGGUGCUCAGCAGGAUGGAGAAGUACAUGAAGGUUAAGGUCAGAGGUAAGAGGAGCGAGAAGCUACAAGAACUGAUCCCUGAGCUCCUUAAAGGCACUUUACAGGUCAUGAAAGCGAGAGGGAUUCUUGCAAAGAGGAGCACCAUUGGCGGAGACAGUUUGUGGGAGCUCACGUGGCUUCAUGUGAACAACAUAUCGACGUCCUUGCAGUCCGAAGUGUUUCCGGGUCAGGAAUCGGAGCAGGAGCUACAUGCUAGUAAGCAAACAGACUCAGGCAGUCCUACACAGCCAGAUAACACCAGCUCGGGCGCAUCAGCCGAGGUAUCAGGAGAUCAGAAUGGAGGUUGACUUGUUUGUUUUAUGGGUGGAUUCGCUGUUAUGUUUUGAAGAUUUUCCAAUGAAGUAAAAGUGGGAUUUUCCGGAGCACAAAAAAGUGUUAGAUCGGUGUACUAUCCUGCAGUUAUGGAGCUUCGGCGGAGCACAGCACCACUAACAACGAAGAACCUGACCAUUGUCUAAUCGGCGCAGCCAGUUUGUCCUUUCGGUCUAUUUUUUGGUGCUUAGACUUUUCAUGCACGAACAGUCGUAAUCAUCAUCCUUGUAAGUUUUAUUCUUAUGCUUGAUUUAAUGAAAUAUUAUUGUGAGGCUGUUCUACCUUGUAAAAUUCACUGGUGCUUCCAACCUUUUGGCUUUUGUCUUUCAAAUAGAAGAUUUAGAUCUACUGCCCUCCUUUUCUUGUAAUAUUUUGGUUCUAUAGAGGCAAUGAUGAUGGUAGAACAUUGCAUCUGUCAUUAUUAUUUACUUUGGCUAGUGUUUUGCUUUCUUUUUUCUGUAUGUUAUAUAAUUUCUUGAUAUGUUGAGUAUAUCAUAGUUUUAAUUC